AAUUAAUCCCUAAAUCUCAAAAAAACGAUUAUUUGUAUGAUAGAAUAAAGGUGCCACCAUUCUCACUCUUCAAUCGCGUUCUUGAAACGCUGCUUUUUGCUCUUCGAUUUUCUCUCCUCCGCGCUCCUCGAUCCAAUUCUGCAUAGAUUAAUGGCUGACCCUGAAUUAGAAGCUAUCCGGCAAAGGAGAAUGCAGGAGCUGAUGGCUCAACACGGGGCUGGAAAUAAUCAAAACCCUGAUCAACAAAAGGCUCAAGAUGAAGCUAAAAGGGAGGCCGAGGAUCGAAGGCAAUUGAUGCUUAGUCAGAUUCUCACUUCUGAAGCAAGAGAAAGAGUUGCCCGAAUUGCUCUAGUGAAGCCCGAAAAGGCCAGAGGAGUUGAAGAUGUUAUACUCAGAGCUGCUCAAUUUGGCCAGAUUUCUGAGAAGGUGUCUGAAGAAAAGCUGAUACAAUUGCUUGAACAGAUCAACACUCAAACCACCAAACAAACAAAAGUAACGAUCCAGAGGCGUCGCAGCGUUCUCGAGGACGAUGAUUAGGUCCAUGGUUCCUGUUUUGAGUACUUGUAUCUACAUGAGAAACCAGCUUGUGGUUAAUGCCUAUUUGCUUAUGUACUUGUGUGUUGUCUGACUUUGUUAGCACAAUGCUAAAUCAUCAGUUUUUGUACUCUUUGAAUCUUGUGCUUGUUUUAUAAUCCUACAAAUUAUUAUUAUUAUUAUUAUUA